UAAGCAUUAGAAAAUUUAGCUAGUAAAACACGAGGACACCGUAAUCCACGCCAAAAAGACAUUAUUUUUAUUAUUUUAAAUAAACAGCAGACAGUGCCUCUGACUGUGAGAAUUUUGCCGGCGUUUUGAGUGUAACUUUGUGGAUGGAAAAGAGCACGUUAACGAAGAAGCAAGUGCUUCUCUACUACUGUAUUGAAAUGGAGGGUCUUGCUCGCAAAAUAGCUUCUGAUUCUGACUGCAUUCACCUACAUUCCAUUAACUGGAGGAGUUUCGACGAUGGUUUUCCAAAUCUCUUCAUAAACAAUGCACAGAAUAUCCGUGGGCAGCAUGUUGCUUUUCUGGCAUCUUUCAGCUCACCAGCAGUCAUCUUUGAACAGCUUUCUGUGAUUUUUGCUCUUCCGAGGCUGUUUGUCGCGUCUUUUACGCUUGUAUUGCCAUUCUUUCCAACGGGAUCCUUUGAACGGAUGGAAGAGGAAGGAGAUGUGGCUACUGCAUUCACUAUGGCUAGAAUACUAUCAAACAUUCCAAUCUCAAGAGGUGGUCCAACCAGCGUAGUCAUCUAUGACAUCCAUGCAUUGCAGGAGAGGUUUUAUUUUGGAGACCACGUUCUGCCUCUGUUUGAGACGGGAAUCCCACUGUUGAAGCAACGACUCCAGCAACUCCCAGACUCUGAGAAGAUAGUGAUAGCCUUUCCUGAUGAUGGAGCUUGGAAGCGGUUCUACAAGCAAUUGGGUCACUAUCCUGCUGUAAUUUGCACUAAAGUCCGGGAGGAUGAUAAGAGAAUAGUCAGGCUUAAAGAGGGUAAUCCUGCCGGUUGUCAUGUGGUCAUUGUUGAUGACUUGGUCCAAUCUGGAGGUACCCUAAUUGAAUGUCAGAAAGUUUUGGCAGCUCAUGGUGCAGCAAAGGUCAGUGCAUACGUGACCCACGGAGUUUUUCCAAAGCGUUCAUGGGAGCAAUUUUUGCACAAGAAUGAUGGCUCAGAGAAGGCAUUCACAUACUUUUGGAUCACAGAUUCAUGUCCCGUCACGGUGAAAGCCAUAGCUAAUAAAGCUCCUUUUGAAGUUAUCAGCUUGGCAGGAUCAAUUGCUGACGCACUUCAAAUCUGAGAUCAUUGUUUGCUACAUCAUCUCUAUGACUGUUAAAAGGUUGUGCAAGCAUUUACUCUUGUAAUAUGCUGAGUCCCAUUGUAAUAACAGCUCACAACUUGUAUUCACUAGCUUCUUGCACAAAUUAUAUAUCUAACAUGUGUGAUCUUAUCCAAA